AUGAGCGACCUCUUGGACUCGUUGGAUCGACUUCCUAAGAUUCGCCAGUUCGAUGCUUUUCCUAAGACACAGUCGAUCUAUACACAACGCUCGUCCAAGGGCGGUCUGCUCACCAUCAUUGCCACUGUGACACUUUUGGCACUGCUGUGGACCGAACUCUCCUCAUAUCUCUAUGGUGAACGUGGCUACUCCUUCUCCGUGGAUAGCCGACUGCAGUCAACGAUGCAGAUCAACAUGGACAUGACUGUAGCGAUGAAAUGUCACUACCUCACCAUCGAUGUUCGUGAUGCGGUUGGCGAUCGCUUGCACGUCUCGGAUUCCGAGUUCACCAAGGACGGCACGACGUUCGAAAUCGGUCAUGCGGAUCGACUGGAUGCCUUGCCAAUGCAAGAGGUCUCGGUGCAAAAGACAAUCAACCAAGCCAGACGAAAACCAGUCUACCGUAAAAAGCCUCGCAACAAAAAGUUCAGCCGACAAGUGGCCUUCCAAAAGACGGCUCACAUCGUACCCGACGGACCUGCUUGCAGGAUCUACGGAAGUAUGGAGGUUAAGAGGGUCACCGGCAACCUACAUAUCACUACGCUUGGACAUGGAUACUUGAGCGUGGAACAUACGGACCAUAAGCUGAUGAAUCUGUCCCACGUGAUCCACGAGUUCAGCUUCGGUCCCUACUUUCCGGAAAUUUCUCAGCCGCUGGAUUCAUCCGUAGAAACGACGGAAAAGCAUUUCACCGUAUUUCAAUACUUUGUUUCGGCGGUACCGACGUUGUUCAUCGAUGCAAGGGGCAGGAAGUUGCAUACGCAUCAGUACAGCGUCACCGACUACACGAGGCAGAUCGAACAUGGGAAAGGUGUACCGGGCAUCUUCAUCAAGUACGACAUCGAACCACUCCAGAUGACAAUCAGACAGAGGUCGACGAGCUUGUUUCAGUUCUUGGUGAGGUUGGCGGGCGUGCUGGGAGGUGUAUGGGUAUGCGUAGGCUACGCUUUCCGAGUGACGAAUCGGGUAGCGAAUUUUGCGACCAACGUGGGCGGGGGCGAGAGGGAUACUCCGGAAGCAUAUGCGGCGAGCUACGGAUAUCAAAGACCUGGCAUUGAGAAGUCGGAUAGCUGGCUGGGCAAAGAUGACGCUGUCAAUAAGCUCAAAAAUAAGUGGGCUGGGUUCAGCGGUGGCAUGGGAACGAGUGGCCAUCGAAAAGUCGACAGCAUUCAGCAAAGGAUCAUGUCGGAAGAAGGCAGGGCCUUCUGA